AAUGUCGGCUUUGACCAACAACGCACAUCGACUUCUUUUGCUAGGAAUAAAGGCGACUCGGAAACCCUCCUUCGCACAGCCUUUUCUGUCUUCGAGAACGUACGCUGCGUCUACGCGAACAUGGACACCAAAGACGUCAACUCCUUCCUCCAGUCCGCCCAAGGUAGUGAAGGCAACUGCUAGUACGAGCGUAGCAGGUACUGGCAACCCAGGCACAACAGAGAACCUACCAGAAGAGAUAGUUAUUUCUGAAGCCGUGAAUGGAAGUAUUCCACCUGAGACCGUGCCUUCUUCUGCAUCUCUGUCUUCACCUUUCCCUGGCGAUUUUCCAGCAGCAAGCGACAUUGGGUCCACUGAUUGGUCAACCAGUUACCAUGGACUCUCUGUGCAAGCCUUCUCAAAGGAUAUCGCUAAUAUUCUGUUAGCUCCUGUGGAUGACAUGGAUAUAGAGAUGAAGCCAGAUGGCUUGAUCUACCUUCCAGAAAUCAAAUAUCGACGCGUCCUCAACAAGGCAUUUGGACCAGGCGGAUGGGGACUCGCCCCUCGCAGUGAGACAAACGUCGGGCCCAAGGUUGUCAGCAGGGAGUAUGCGCUUGUCUGCCAGGGCCGCUUGGUUGCAGUUGCCCGCGGUGAACAAGAAUAUUUCGAUCCAUCCAAUAUUCCUACGGCAACGGAGGGAUGUAAGAGUAAUGCCCUCAUGCGAUGCUGCAAAGAUCUUGGAAUAGCGAGCGAGCUUUGGGAUCCGCGCUUUAUUCGCGAGUUCAAAGCUAAGUAUUGCGUUGAAGUAUUUGCAGAGCACGUCCCAACGAAAAAGAAGAAGAAAUUGUGGAGACGUAAGGACCAGCCGAAAUUUGAUUACCCCUGGAAAGAGUAGACCUAUACAACAUAUAAUCACGUCUUUAAUAUUCGGGAUGUGGCUUGUUCAGCACUGGUAUGUAUCCCUUCAAUUGGACACCGAAUUAGAGCCU